AAGCUGCGGCCGCUGCCAUUGAAAUGGAGAAUUUAUUUAAUCUUGAAGUAAAGGACAAUGUACUUUACCAGAUUGUCCACACACAGCAUCAAAUGAUCAUCAAAGUGGAGUGCUCCGGAGUAUACAGCAUAAACUGCAAGAACUCCGAAGAAUUUUUAUCCACGGCUGGGGUUCCCAUUGCGAUUUCAUCUUCUGGGACCUCAAGUAGCAGCCAUUCUCAACACGCCCCUACUGCUGCCGCCCCUACUACUGCCGCCCCUACUCCCACCACCAUAUAUCUUGGUUACGCCCCUUCAACUGGAGUUUCUGAAGAUUCAAUUUCUGCUUCAGGACAAAAAAAAAAGCGCAAGCGAUCGCCAUCUCCUGAACCUAGUGAGAAAAAGAAAAGGAAGGCAAACGAAAAACAACAGAGUAACUCGAGUACCUCUGGUUCUAGCAACGUUCAAGGAAAGCGCAUAAAAAAAGAGGUAUUAUAUCCUUUCUAUUUAUUUAUUUCGUUUAAUCAAUCACCACGAAUCAUAGAACUGUUUCAUUGUCUAUAG